CGUCAGGGCCUCUUUUGGGUUGCUCUUUAGCUCUUUAGGUUGGCUCUUUACAUAGCUUCCUGGGCUCGAUCCUCUCCAGAUCUCCAUGUCCCCUGUUUCCCCCGUUCCAUGGAUGCCCGUCCCCAUGCGCGGAAAUAGUUGUCAUGUCAAGUCAGGUCAGAUCAUGUCAUAUCAUGUCAUCUCAACCCCAUUCUUUUCAAUUAAUCUUGCACUUCUUUCUCUUUUCCUCAUUAUCAUAUGCAACCAUUCUCCAAAGCAGAAGGGGAAGAGACCAGAACAGAAAAAGAAAGGGAAAGGCGUUCGCGUCACCUUGGCUCUGGAAUGCGGAGAAUUGAUAUGCUGGACAGACAUGCUACGCUGGACAUCCCAUCCUCGUGAGCCACUCAGCCAUCGUGCUGACCCCCUUUUUUGUCUUUUCCUCUUGUGUCAUGAUCGUUUUCUCACUGGCAUUUUUUCUUCUUCUUCUUCUUGUUCUUGGUCUGAUUACUUGUUUGAUAAGCUUGGUCGCUGGUCAGUCCUCUUCGCAUCAUUCACUUAUUGACCUGAAAGUGAGGCCGGCAUCACCCUGCGUCAGGAAGAAGAUAGAUUGAUAGUGAGCAAAAGGGCCUCCCGCCUCACCGCGUUGCCCAACGAUCUCCUAAAGAUGAGCGCCUGCAGUUGACUCGACAAAUGGCCGUCCCGCUGAUGGGGCGGAUCGUUGUUGGCCCCUCCGAAAAGGGGACUGACUGUCUGUACCUUUGCAUGGGCUGCAGCGCUGGUGUCAUGUCGGGCCACGCCCAAGAAUUAAUUUCCCCAUUACUCUAUUCGCAACAUUGCUCGU